AUGGCAUCUGAUAGAACCAUCAGAGAUCUAUUCCCAGCUCUCAUCGUGGGAUUAGACAGAGAAACAAGUGGGACACCGUCCGUCCAUGACUCGGAUGCUUCUUCUUUCCAUCCGAGUCAAAGUCCUACCCCAGUCAACAAGCAGACAUUGCCAGCACAGGAUAGUGCUGAGCUUCACGAACCUACGCCGAUUCAUUUCCCUCCUCAGCUAACCAGUGAUGGGAACGAGUCGGACAGCAAACCUGCUUCUUCUCUUAGAACCACUCGAAUCCAAUUUGCUCCAGUUGAAGAGAAUUCUGAGCAGUACCUACCUGCAGCCAGUCACACUGUUUCUUACGAUUCCCGUUGUGCUUCUAUCCCCACCCUCAAUCCUCAGACCACUAACACAAAUUCCAAUGCAGAGGGACGCCCCAAGGAUGCAAAUCCCAUUCCCACUCCUAGAGUAAGGCUCGUUAUCAGAAAGAGACCUCGCGAGCCCACCCCGGACUCGGACACUGUUUCAGAGUCGACAAAUGCAAAGGAACAAAACCCUGAGGGUGUGACUCCCACCACUCCUAGAACAAGAAUUGUUGUCAGCAACAGAUCUCGUCCAGAGGGACGCUCUAACGAGGCGACUCCCAUUUCCACUCCUAGAGUAAGACUCGUCAAAAAGAGAUCUCGCGAGACCACUUCAGACUCCGACACUGUUUCAGACUCGACGAGUGCAAAGGGCACCAAGGACGUGACUCGCAUUGUCACUCCUGUCAGGGCAAAACUUGCUUCCCAACAGACACCUUCUCACCCCACCCUGGACUCCAUUCCCUUGACUGUUCCAUCCGAUCCUGGAGAUCCGCCAUCUAAUCUCGAGUCUAAUUUGCCAAACCCUGCUGAAGAAACGCCUGUUGAGUCCACUUUCAUCCCCGAGUCCAAUAUGGAUUCUCCCAACACUAGUGUUCUCAGCACAUCCCAGGAGUCUUCUUCUGACUACGACGAGACAUCGACUAGUGUCAAUCCUACCUCGGAGCUCCCUGCUACCAGUGCAUCCCCCAAUUCCAGUUCGAGCUCUGAGGAAGCUCCGUCCCGCGACGCUGGUCACCUAUCUCCCGCGCUGGAUUUCGUCUCUUCUACACCCCCGAACCCUUCUAUGGAUUCUUCAAUGGAUCCCUCCACGGAUCCUUCCAUGGAUCCGUAUAUGGAUUCAUACCAGCAGUCACUUGAUUCAGCGGAGACUCCCGACCAAAGCAACUGGACCAUUGACCCCAUGGGUGUCUACACUCCCGAGGAGUAUGCACGCAUCCUGGCGUCUGAGCAGGAGCUCCUGCGUGAAAUGGCUGACCCGCAUACCGAUAUUUCAACGCAUCUGUAUUCUCAGACAGAAGAGCCGUAUUACACUACAAUUCAUAACCUGGACCGCCAUACCGAUAUUUCGACGCAUCUGUAUUCUCAGACAGAAGAGCCGCGUUACACUACAAUUGAUGAUCUGGACCGUAUCUUUGCCGAGAUGGAAGAAGCAACUGCUGGGAUGGAUUUCCUACAACCUGAAUAUUGGGCCGCUAUCGGCCGCGAUCAGCCAAGUCCAUCUCAACCUGGUGCACUUGAGUCUGACCAACCCGCGCAGGCUCCAACCACUUCUGAAACCUUGCAGUCAGUGGAGGAAGCAAACCAAGGCUCAGUCACAAAGCGUGCCCGACACAGUUCACCCCAGAUAAAGAGCUCAAGCCCAGAGGUAUCGAGCACACUUCCAGACCAAACCUCAGUCUCGAUGCAGCACCACGGUGCCUCACUCGAGGCAAAGAGCACGACUCCUCCAGCUACGUCAGCCUCGAAACGCCGCCGUUCCAAGAACCAGUCCGUGACACCUGCGCCUACCUCAUCAUCAUCCCGCCGCCGUUCCAAAGACAGCAUCAAGACUGGGACAACUACGCCAGAGCCGCAGGCUACCGUCACCGUCCCCGCGCCCACCACCACCAGCGCGAAGAAGAACCCCAAGGGCAACGCAACCCCAGACUCAUGGGAGACAGCACCUACCGCAGACAAGAUGAUGUCGCAGAUGAAGGAGGCGGAAUCGAUGUCGUGGUUUGACAUCACCGCGGCAUGGAACGAGAAUCGAAGUGACUUGGACGACGAGAUGACAUGGCGAGCGCUGAGCAAGCGAUGGGGACGAAUCAAGGAUAGAAUUGGUCCUUGGCCCGGUUUCGACGAGGCCCUUCUGGAUGCCUUGAGCAAGUUCGAUUCGAAGCCGGAUGACAAGAUCUUUGCGCAGAUUGCCGAGGAUAUUUCGAUGCAGCUUGGCUGGGAUGUUUCUGACAGGGCAUGCCAGGGUCGAUACGAAGUCCUCGACGAGUUUGGCAAGAUCGACUUGAAGGGAAAGGGCAGGGCUCGAAAGUAA